ACUCGCACACUUAGCCAACCCCACGACCACUUCCAUCGCUGUAACUCCUUCCAUAACUCAUCUCAGUUCUAAGUCGUCGUAACCCAAAAGCUAUUUUGGCGGCGAUGACGACCCCAACCACCCUCACUAGCGCCGACGGCCGGUGCCACCACCAUCCGAGGGCAUAUUCCCCCCGAGACGACCGCCGUUACCACCAUUACAUGGGCCCGCCAAUUUCUUCCUCGGCAGCCUCCUUCAAGGGCUGCUGCUGCUGCCUCUUCCUCCUCCUCAUUUUUCUAUCCCUUCUCGCCGUCGCCGUCGCCCUCGUUGUCGUCCUUGUACUCAAGCCCAAGAAGCCCCAGUUCGACCUCCAGCAGGUCUCCGUGCAAUACGUCCUCGUCGCCCCUUCUUCCCCCUCCUCUGCCACCUCCACUUUCGGGUCCGGUGCCGCUGGAGGGAUCCAGCCGACGGCCGCGUACCUAUCGCUCAACAUCACGCUGCUCUUCACCGCGAACAACCCUAACAAGGUCGGGAUCCGGUACGACGCGGCGGCGCUGGACGUGAUGUAUCGCGGCGUGCCGCUGGGGGUGGCGGCGGUGCCGGCAUUCGAACAGCCGGCGCAGAGCCGCCGCCUGGUGGAGACCCGCGUCUUCGUCGACCAUUUCAACGUGCUCCAGGGCAGCGCCCUCGAUCUCGUCCGCGACGCCUCCCUCAACGACCGCGUCGACCUCCGCCUCACCGGCGACGUCGCCGCCAGGAUCCUGGUCCUCGGCAUCUCCUCCCCUAGGGUUCGGGCGUCCGUGGAUUGCGCGAUCGGGAUCAGCCCGAGAAAACAAUCGCUCACUUACAAACAGUGUGGAGUCGACGGAUUAAAUUUCUGAGCACUUUCAAAAAAAAAAAA